UCGUGCCGCCGGAAGUGGGAGGUGCCGCGCGCGGGCCGGCGCUCGACCCCUCCCCCCGUGGCUCGGCCGCCCCCUCCCCCCGCUCCGCCCGCUCAGAGCAUAAUGGCAGCGUCUGAGGUUGCUGGUGUUGUGGCCAAUGCCCCCAGUCCUCCGGAAUCUUCUAGUUUAUGUGCUUCCAAAUCAGACGAAGGUCUCCCAGAUGGUCUAAGCACCAAAGACUCUGCACAGAAACAGAAGAACUCACCUCUGUUGAGUGUAAGCCAAACGAUAACCAAGGAAAAUAACAGAAAUGUCCAUCUGGAGCACUCAGAGCAGAAUCCUGGUUCAUCAGCAGGUGACACCUCAGCAGUGCACCCGGCGGUUUUAGGAGAAAACUUGAUAGCCACAGCCCUUUGUCUUUCUGGCAGUGGAUCUCAGUCUGAUUUGAAGGACGUGGCCAGCACAGCAGGAGAGGAGGGGGACACAAGCCUCCGGGAGAACCUCCAUCCAGCCCCUCGGUCUCUUAAGGCAGGGUGCCAUACAAAGCAGCUUGCCUCUGGGAAUUGCUCUGAAGAGAAAUCCCCACAAGCCUCCAUCCUAAAGGAAGGUAACAGGGACACAGGCUUGGAUUUCCGACCUGUAGUGUCUCCAGCAAAUGGGGUUGAAGGAGUCCGAGUGGAUCAGGAUGAUGAUCAAGAUAGCUCUUCCCUGAAGCUUUCUCAGAACAUUGCUGUACAGACUGAUUUUAAGACGGCUGAUUCAGAGGUAAACACAGAUCAAGAUAUUGAAAAGAAUUUGGAUAAAAUGAUGACAGAGAGAACACUGUUGAAAGAGCGUUACCAGGAGGUCCUGGACAAACAGAGACAAGUGGAGAAUCAGCUCCAAGUGCAAUUAAAGCAGCUUCAGCAAAGGAGAGAAGAAGAAAUGAAGAAUCACCAGGAGAUAUUAAAGGCUAUUCAGGAUGUGACAAUAAAGCGGGAAGAAACCAAGAAGAAGAUAGAGAAAGAAAAGAAGGAGUUUUUGCAGAAGGAGCAGGAUCUGAAAGCUGAAAUUGAGAAGCUUUGUGAGAAGGGCAGAAGAGAGGUGUGGGAAAUGGAACUGGAUAGACUCAAGAAUCAGGAUGGCGAAAUAAAUAGGAACAUUAUGGAAGAGACUGAACGGGCCUGGAAGGCAGAGAUCUUAUCACUAGAGAGCCGGAAAGAGUUACUGGUACUGAAACUAGAAGAAGCAGAAAAAGAGGCAGAAUUGCACCUUACUUACCUCAAGUCAACUCCCCCAACACUGGAGACAGUUCGUUCCAAACAGGAGUGGGAGACAAGACUGAAUGGAGUUCGGAUAAUGAAAAAGAAUGUUCGUGACCAAUUUAAUAGUCAUAUCCAGUUAGUGAGGAAUGGAGCCAAGCUGAGCAGCCUUCCUCAAAUCCCUACUCCCACUUUACCUCCACCCCCAUCAGAGACAGACUUCAUGCUUCAGGUGUUCCAACCCAGUCCCUCUCUGGCUCCUCGGAUGCCCUUCUCCAUUGGGCAGGUCACAAUGCCCAUGGUUAUGCCCAGUGCAGAUCCCCGCUCCUUGUCUUUCCCAAUCCUGAACCCUGCCCUUUCCCAGCCCAACCAGCCUUCCUCAUCCCUUCCUGGCUCCCAUGGCAGAAACAGCCCUGGCUUGGGUUCCCUUGUCAGCCCCCACGGUCCACACAUGCCCCCUGCCGCCUCCAUCCCGCCUCCCCCAGGCUUGGGCGGUGUUAAGGCUUCUACUGAAACUCCCCGGCCCCAACCAGUAGACAAACUGGAGAAGAUCCUGGAGAAGCUGCUGACUCGCUUCCCACAGUGCAAUAAGGCCCAGAUGACCAACAUUCUUCAGCAGAUCAAGACAGCACGUACCACCAUGGCAGGCCUGACCAUGGAGGAACUUAUCCAGUUGGUUGCUGCACGACUGGCAGAGCAUGAGCGGGUGGCAGCAAGUACUCAGCCACUUGGUCGCAUCCGGGCCUUGUUCCCUGCUCCACUGGCUCAAAUCAGUACCCCAAUGUUCUUGCCUUCUGCCCAAGUUUCAUAUCCUGGAAGGUCUUCACAUGCUCCAGCCACCUGUAAGCUAUGUCUAAUGUGCCAGAAACUCGUCCAGCCCAGUGAGCUGCAUCCAAUGGCGUGUACCCAUGUAUUGCACAAGGAGUGUAUAAAAUUCUGGGCCCAGACCAACACAAAUGACACUUGUCCCUUUUGUCCAACUCUUAAAUGACGGACCUGACUGGGGAGGAAGAAGAAGAGAAACUGAUGUGAACAGGAAGCGCGGGUUCAAGAUUUCUAAAACUCUAUAUUUAUACAGUGACAUAUACUCAUGCCAUGUACAUUUUUAUUAUAUAGGUAAUGUGUGUAUAGAAAGUCUGUAUUCCAAUGUUCGUAAAUGAAAGUAUGUAUAUUAUGCAGAAACAGUCUGUUCCCCCUCAUCUUGCAAUUCCUUUGGGGGGAUGCAGAUUGUAGGGAAGAUGAUGUUUAGUUUGGCCUGAAAUUAUGAUAUCCCUGCCCAGGGCUGUUUUCAAAUAUAAUAUAAAAACCACCUAGGAACCUGCUGUUGCUCUAAGGCCAUUCUGCUUUGGUUUGGCUCAGCCUCUAGUCCAUUUUCUUAAGGCUCAUGUAUGCAGAUUUAAAGCCUGGUGCUCACCCACUGUCCAACCAGAUGCCUUGCUUACUGAAAGCCUCCAGAAGCCUCAGUAUUGUUUUAGCCACUCUACUCCAAAUGGAUAAAAUGAGACUCUGAUUGAGGAAAAAAAAGUAACCCUAGUAGUUUGACUUCUUAUUGAAUAUUUUACUGUGUUAACGCUCAUUAUUUAUACAGACGUUAGGUUUACAGAAUAUUCUGUUUUACAUCACCAAAAUUCACAGUCCGAGAAUAACAACAUAACCAGGUCCCAGUUCCUCCAUGCACCCCACAAGCUUCUGUCCAAUCUAUUUUCUGGAUAGAAAUUAGCACAACCCACAGGUUUUUCCUGGGCCAAGCCUUCCUUUGCUGCCACUGGCUUGGCUUCUAAUCAAGCUCUGACCAGCCAACAUUGUGAAGUCCUCACCCUUUCCCAUUCACUUCUGGUCUCCUAGUCUAGCGAAUCCCCCUCCCCCUGAAGGUUAAGGCAGUUGGUUCACAACCAAGUUGUUGGGUGACCUUGGGUGAGCUCCAGACAGGCACUGGGGUGAGGAGAUGUCUGUGCAAAAUUAGUUGCAGAAUGAUCUUGGGAUGCUGGAUUUUAAUUUUUGAAGCAAGAAAGUUAUGGGGGACAUAUUUCCUGUCCUGGGAACAAUGGAGACCAAAGUGAUACUAAGAAAACAGUUUGGAUUUCAAAUUUAUCAAUCACUUGCUCUAUGGGUAGCUAUCAGGAACUAGAUCAUUUUCCACCUCUGCUUGUCGUACUUCUUAAUUUUAGGUUUUAUACCUGGGAAAGCUGUGACUCUGUUAGAGCUUUGAAUCUUUUCCUAUUCUUUUAUCUUUACUUCUACAGAGAAUGGCCUCAGCUCCCUUCUCUUUUAGAAUUAAACAAGUAAAAACUAAGAGUUAACUUUUUUAAAAAACUGACUCCAGGCAAAGGACAUUAUUAUACUACCAAUAGCUGAUUUUUUUUCCAUUAUGGGACCUAAAAUGCUUACAGGUCCUAGCAAUACAUGUCAGAUAGCAAAGACUUUUCCUUUCAGACCCAACUAAAUGAUCUCCUGUCGGCUUUUGAUACUCCUCUCCUUCUUUGUCUUUCAUCCCUGCCUGUCACCUCACAGAUGGAUUCUUUCUCAUUUCUCUUGCCUCACUUGCCCAGGUUUAUUGACUAGCAUCAGUUUAAGGAGCUGGACUUCCUGGGACCUCCUUGGCAUCUUGUAGGGUGAUUGGAGUGGCCUGAGUACUCAGCUCUUCAGAGGUCAGGUGACCCACUUUCUUUGGUUAAUGAAAUGUUACUGUCUCCAGGUUAGUAGCUGUCAUGAACAGGAAAGGUGGCAAAAUGGAAGACCAGUUCCAUUGUUCUUUUCGUUUAGGGGAUUCAUUUUUUUAUCUUGUAAUCUUAAGAUUUCCUCUCCCCUCAACUUUAUAGCAGCCUUAGGCCACCUGCCGUAUUUUUCAGUAUCCCUUGAAAAUUUAGAAAUUGGAAAUGAGUGUAAAGCAUAUUGUUUCUUUUUCAAAAUCCUCUGAAGCCAAAGGAGUAAAGAAAAAAAAAAAAAAGGAAGUGGUGAGGAGGGGGCUUAACUGCUUCCCAGUAAAGAUCCUAGAAAGCCCAUUCUAGCAGGAUAAGUGUUUUGGAGAGUUGUGCAUGGGAGCGAGCGCCUCAGUAUUACUAUUUCUUGUUCAGGAUCAGUCAGAAAGCAACACGAGUGUUGGCCACCCCUGUUCUCCCUUCUCCCUCUGUCCACUGGCCUGCAAUGAUAAAAGCCAUGCAGACCAAUGGGAAAGGCCCCAAAUACAGUGAGUGGAGAAUGGGACAGUCAUUUUUCAGGAGAAUUUAAAAAUAGAGAUGUAUAAUACAUAUUUUUACAAGCAA